AUGUCUUCGCCUCAUGUUUAUCUUUCUUCUUUAUAUCAUAGAUUGCCAACUACAUCUGCAUUUGAUGCUUUAACAUCAGACAACACUUUAUCAUUUAUUAGUUCAUCAAUAUCAGAAUUGGAUAAAAUUUUUGGAGGAAAUGGUUUCAGAACAGGACAAAUCACAGAAAUAUCAGGCCCACCUGGUUCGGGAAAAACAACAAUGGCAUUACAAGCAACUAUCAACUGUCUUAAAAAAAGAGAAAAAAUACUAUGGAUAGAAACCUUUCAACCAUUUCCAAUGAAUUCUUUAAAAAGAAUCAUGAUGCUAAAUAAAAAAACUAAAAAAACAACAUCUAUUGAUAAUACAUAUGAAGAUAUUGAUCCACUUAACUAUUUAACUAUUCUUCAUGCACCAUCUCUUAGCAAUCUUAUAGCACUCUUCUUACAUAGUUAUAAUACAGAAUCAAGAGAUUUGACUCAACAAAAAAAAUUGAUCGUCAUAGACGACAUAGCUACACCCAUUAUUGCAGCUUUUCCAGCUGAUAAUUUCGAGAAUCAAUCUCGAAAUACAACAUAUGAUAUAGCUCAAUUAAAAAAAUCACAAAUUCUGGCAAACCUUCUAGUAUCAUUCAAUAGAAUAGCUGCAAAAAAUAAUGCCAGUAUAUUAGUUUUAUCUAAAAUGGUUAUAAAAAUAAACAUUCUAAAUGGAAGAGAAUGUCCUAUCUUAUCAUCACCUUUAAGCCCAGUAUGGUCUCAGAAUUGCCCGAAUAGAAUAUUAUUGUUACGUAAAAAUAUUAUUUUUGAAAACACUAAUAAUUCGUGGAAUAAUACUCAAGUACGUUUCAUUUCUAUUCAAAAAGUUAGCGGUGUUACAAUAAAUUCUAAUACUUUAAUACCAUUUAUCAUUACUGUAAAAUUCCACCAAAAAUACCAAAUUUUUAAUCAUAAUCAGGACAAAGGAAUUCAUGAUAUAACAAAUAAUUCAAAUGAUAUAUUAAAUAAUCAUGAUCAAAUUGAAUUUAAAAAUAAAACAAAAAAUACAAAUGAAAAUGAAUAUAAUAAGUAUAAUUAA